CGCGCGGGCGGGGCCGCGGCGAUGGGGAAUCUGUUCGGGCGCAAGCGGCGGAGCCGGGUGACCGAGCAAGACAAGGCCGUGCUGCAAUUGAAACAGCAGCGGGACAAAUUAAAGCAGUAUCAGAAAAGAAUAUCUCUGCAGCUGGAGCGAGAGAGAACAGUUGCUCUGCAGCUACUGAAAGAUGGCAAGAAAGAAAAAGCCAAACUGCUGCUGAAGAAAAAGCGGUAUCAAGAACAGCUGCUGGACAAAACAGACAACCAAAUCAGCAACUUGGAGCGCAUGGUCCAGGAUAUUGAAUUCACCCAAAUCGAGAUGAAAGUGAUCGAGGGCCUCAGAAUUGGCAAUGAGUGCUUAAAUAAGAUGCACCAGGUUAUGUCAAUAGAAGAAGUGGAAAGGAUCAUGGAUGAAACCCAAGAAGCUGUAGAGUACCAGAGACAAAUAGAUGAGAUGCUGGCUGGCAGCAUCUUCACGGAAGAGGAUGAAGAUGCCAUCUUAGCAGAAUUAGAUGCCAUCACUCAGGAGCAGAUUGAUCUUCCGGAAGUUCCCUCAGAGCCCCUCCCAGAAAAGAUUCCAGAACCGUCACCCGUCAGAGUCAAGCCAAAGCCCGAAUUGGUGGCCGCAUCAUAACUCUGCUCCUUGGGAGAUCCCUGCAGGGGACCCUGGAACCCCAGCCUGCCUGGGGUGUGAGAGGCCCCCCCCCAUGGUGCCCCGCUGGCACUAGACAGCCAUGCUGGAGCAGAUUUCCUGCGCAGAAUGGAAGUUGCAGCUGGUUAUGGUUCCUAUAUCAAGAUGAUUUUUUUUGUAGUGCGAUCUCUCCUCCUUUUUUGUAACUUGAAACACUGGAUUAAACGGUGACUCUCAAACCGUUGAAGCCAAAUGCUUUCUGCAGAGCAGAUUUUGGCUUGCAGACCUGCCUUGGAUGCCGGCACCAACCUCUUGCUUAACCGCCUGUGCCCCCUGAUGCCUUUUUGAGCUGAUGGGCGCUAUGAACAGUGAUACGUUUUUCUGCCGCAUUACAGAACUUCUGGCUUGUGCAGUUCUCUGGCUCUUUUGAGUGGAUUCUCUUAGCAGGAAUGGAUUUCCCCAACAUUGGGUUGGUGCCUAUUAGACUUGCUUGGUGUUGAGAUGAGAGUAUUAUCUCUGUUGGUAGUGAUACCUUCUUGUGCUAACCCAUGUGAGCCUCCCAUGUUCAAAGUGUGCUUGGGCAGCAGGAAGCAAAGCCAGGUUGCUGGGCUGGAUCUCUAAAAGACAGAAGGCCCAUCUCCGGCUGGGGUGAUCUAAAAUGCUUGUUAAGAAUUCAUAUCCAAACACCCCACAAAGAAGCUGAAUAGAUGCAAAGCAGCCUCUUGAUGGCUGUUGCCCUCCCUGUACUGUUGCAUCUCCGCAUUAGGUGGAAACUGAAGGCACCUUAACCUUUGCGGUGGGGAGAGCUGUCUGCUGUAUCUACUGUUCCUCUGCUUGCAAGAUGCAGUCAGGAACACGGCGAGCCAGUGCUACCCGUAUGGGGCUGUACGUCUUUUCCCUCCUCUUAAUUAUAUAAGACCUGAAUUAUUAUUUUUUCUCCUGAAUGUUAGAAGGGGCUGGAUCCCAGUUAACUCAGUGGUGUCACUGGCUGCCCUGCCUGGAUGAUGAAGACUUGAUUGUAGACCACAUGACUUCAGGCCCCCUUAAUCUCUGGCCUGAGCUACCCUUGCAGUUGGUAACCUCCCGGGCCGUAUCUCAAGUUCUCCAUCUUUUAGAGCCAUCUGGCAUGCAGCGAUGCUCAUAUCAACAUUAUCUGCUGUGAUUGCGCAGCUUGUCCCUCUGCGGAUGUGUGGUUGAAUAGGCCAGAGCUGGGUCAUGGGGUGUCAAAACGUUCCUGUGGCAAUACGUAAGAAUAGUAAAGUUCUCCACCUUUUUGCUCUCUGGAGCCCACAGCUUAUAGCUGAACCUAGCUAUCCUCUCUUAAAGUCUAAUCGGCACAUAGAAUUGUAUCGUUGUGUUCAUGCCAAACAAGAGAAGUAGCAUAGUCGGUCAUCUUGGAUUGUGAUGUUUUUGUAAUGGGUUUUCACCCUCCUGGUCACUUGCUAGAAGGCAUCCUGGCUGCUUCCCUCUCCUCCUGGUGGCUUCUCUGUUACCAGCCAUUGUACUGUUAUAUAAAAGGCAAGCCAUAUUGGCGAGGACUCCCUUUUUAUCCUGGUGUGCUACCAGAGGGCACUGGCGCAUCAGGAAGCUCAAGCAAGGUGGCCCAUCCCUCCCGGGGGGGGGGGGGCGCCGCAGCAGGGAGCUUGGGCAUGGUGUCCCAUCCCUCUGGAGGACGUGCCGCGGCAGGAAGCUCAAGCGAGGCAGCCCAUCCCGCCAGGGCUUCGUUGCUAGUCUGUAGACGAUGUCUCUUAAUGCCGUAUCUGUAGUACCCCCUUCCCCCAAAUGCUGUGAGUAAAGUCCAGAUGGCUGAGUAGCGAGUUAGAUCUCCCUUGAGUUGAUGGUCCACUUAUCCUACCUGUUUUAUAAUGGUGUUGUGUUCACAUUGCUGCGUUGGUCUUUGCACCGUUCAGCCAGGCUUAAUACCAGAGUGCUAACCGUGAGAAAGUCAUGUGAUUUCGUAACCCUAUAUUCACAAUGUCCACCAGGUGGCAGUCACGUCCUUGCCUGUUCCAUUAUCGUAGAAGAAACACAUGAUUUCUUCUCUACUCCCCCCUCCCUUUUUGCUCGACCUCUUAGUUGCUCUGGGUUGGUUUUAUUGAUUCUUUUUAAAGAAACGGAAUAGCGGAUGGGAAGAAACAUCAGGCUUUUCCCCUGGGCACUGAAUUAACAUUCAGCUGGCUUAUGGGGAUCCUUAGCAAGCUCCUUUGGGCCCAGUUAACAACUCAGCCCUGUUACCUGGGGGAGCGGAAAGAAGUGUGGGUUUUUUUUCUCCUUCGCUGCUGGUACAUAACAGGAAAGGAAAAGCUCUUGUGAAGAUUGGUGUUUGCUGGCCCUGGGGGAGACAGCACUGCAGUGGGGAAAAGGGCUCUCUGAAAGCAGCCCCUGAACCUACCAAAAUUGCUGACCUCCCCUGACUUCCCGGUGGGGUGCCCUCUUUGUUUGAAGCCAGGUGGAAUUCAAGCUGUCAUCCUGCCUCCACAAAAGCGCCCAACUCCAAUUUGCAUGCAUGAACAGAAUCUCUCUCUCACUCGCUCUCGCUCUCUCUCUCUCUCGCUCUCUCUCUCUCGUGGACUGAACCCCGAGUACCAGAGGCAAAAGCAGGUGCAGUACAGGCAGUAACAAUAAAGUGUUUCUGACUCAUUU